GGGGGGGUGGGGGGGGAGGGGAGGGAGGGAAGGCAGGAAGAGAGGAGACAGAAGACAGAUGCCUUCACCUCGUUCCUUUUUCUAAGGGGAAGAAGGACAACUUAAAAUAAAACAUCUCGGAUUUCAUGUGGAGAAAACAUUUGAGGGAAUUUUCUCUAGGGGAAGACUUUUUUAUUUUCUUGUUUAUGUAUUUCCUUUCGAACUGCGCGUUAGGUCUGCUUGGACGAUGCAGGGAUCGUGAUGAUGAGUUCGUCCGGCUGCUGGGUGGCGAACGGGGCGAGUUUGGAGGAUUGCUACUCCAACCUCUUCUCUCUGGCUGAUCUGCCUGGGAUUAAAUGGCGCCGUUAUUCGUGGCAAGGUCCUGUGGGGACACCACUCGUCAUCCCGGUGGCUGAAGAUGAUGCUAUUCUUUGCAGUUUUAGCCGUUGCUUGAAGGCGAAUGUACUUUGUGUCUGGCGAAAGGACAUGAGACCAGGCCACAGAGAGCUUUGGAUUUUCUGGUGGGGCGAAGUGCCAAAUUUUGCUGAUCUCAUUCAUCAUGAACUCAAAGUUGAAGAGAAUGGAUUGUGGGAACAGGGUCUAUCUUACGAAUGCCGAACUCUACUUUUUAAGGCCAUUCACAACUUGCUGGAAAGGUGUUUGUUAAAUAGAAACUUUGUGCGGAUUGGAAAAUGGUUUGUAAAACCAUAUGAAAAGGAUGAGAAACCAGUGAACAAAAGUGAGCACUUGUCCUGUUCCUUCCUGUUUUUCUUGCAUGGGGAUAGUAAAGUCUGUACCAGUGUUGAAAUAAACCAGCACCAACCAGUAUACCGUCUGAGUGAAGAGCAUGUUACUGCUGCCCAAGGAUCCUCCAGCCCCUUCCAAGUGAUCCUCAGCCCCUUUGGAUUAAAUGGUACACUGACAGGUCAGUCAUUCAAGCUGUCUGAUCCUCCCACUCUUAAACUGAUAGAAGAAUGGAAGCAAUUCUAUCCAAUCAAGACAGGUUCAAAGGAAGCUACGGAUGACAAACAGAAGGAGCUAGAUUGGGAUGAUGACUCAAUAGCAGCUGUAGAAGUCAUUGUCGCUGGUGUGCGGAUGGUGUAUCCAGCUUGCUUUGUCCUGGUGCCUCAGCCUGAUGUUGCGCCAACUGUUCUGAGCAACUCCACUGGAUCUUCGCAUUGCACAGCUGCAUUUCCAAGUGCCCACCAAGUGCCUGCCCCAAUGAGGGAUCCUGGUAUUUCCUCUGUGACUUUGACUCCACCCACAUCACCUGAAGAGACUGAAACAGCUGAAAUUCAAUCCACCCAGAAAUGGACAAAACUUACUUCUGUACCAGAAGGAUUUAAUAUUGAGAAUUCUGGGCAUGGCGGGAAGAUCCCAAGAAAAUUAGCCAAUCAGGUGGUAGAAAAUGUGUGGCAGGAGUGUAAUCUAAACAGAACCCAGAAAAAGCGAAAGUUUUCCACUGUGAAUGGUUGUGAAGAAGAUACACCAGACAAAGAAACAUCCUGGGAUUUUGUUGAAGCCAUGCAGAGAGUGAAUUGCAACUGUUCAAGGCAUAAAAACAAAAGAGGCACUGGUAUGCAAGGACAGUCUCAACCUCCAGGCCCACAACUGACAACAGCACUCAAGCACAAAAUAAAUGACAAGCAAGAAAAAGGGGAUAAACAACAGAAGCGACCACUAACUCCAUUCCAUCACCGUAAUUCAACAUGUGAUGAUGUUUCAAUGGAACAGGACUCAGUGAAUCACAGACUUGGAAUCAGGCCGCAAGACAGUAGAGGGAGGUAUCCAAAUGCAAGGCCUAGUGACCUUAGCUCAACAAAAUCCUCUCAGUUACACAUGUCAGAGAUGGCAAAUUCACCACCACCACCACCACUCAGUCCUCAUCCGUGUGAGAGGGGUGAGGAUGUUGGAGAUGCAUUUAAAAACCCAUUGACGCCUCACAGUCAAUCAUUCUGCCAGAUGCCCGCACCAGAUCCACUACUUCCAACCAAAGCUGUUGAUGAUCGGAUGGAGACACUUCCCACCCAGUCUUUCCCAUUGGGUUUUUCCGAAGUGAUGGAGCCUACAACCUACAGCAACAGUGCGAUCCAUUUGGAAGAUGAAGGCUCUGCUGUCACGUGGAAGUGUUAUCGACUGCCCAGUCAUGCGGAAAAUGAUUUUGCACCACCACAGCUGCCAUUGGAUAAAUACAGGGAGGAGUACGUUGCAGCAAAUAACUCAGAACAUGCACCUCCAUCUGCCUCUGAGUUGGUGGUGCGCUCAAAUAAGCCAUUAAAGAUUUCUGAUGAACGGGUUCAAGCGUACAUUCAGAAAAUAAACAAAUGUUACAAAAGCUGUCACCUGGAGGCUGAUUCCAAGUCUGAAGUUGAUCCAUAUGCAUUUGAUGAUGGAGAUGAGGAGUUCAGCUUUUCUGAUAAGAAAGACAAGCAAACCACUGAGAGUGAUCCUGGAAGGAAACAUGCACAGAAGGGAGAUAGUGAAAGUGGUGGCACGUCUCACUCAACAUUACCAGGAGAAGGAGAGGAUGCUAUGUCAUUAUUCAAUUCCGGAACAAAGUCAGAUGGACAGAAGUCACCCUCGCACAGUCGGACUGCAUCCACCAGUCUCAUGAAUGAGCUUGAUCUGGUUGUUUCAUACAAAGACCUUGACAAUCUAUUUGAUGACGAGGAUGAACUUGUGCAGGCUAUUUCUCGAUCUGCACACGGAUUGGAUGAAAAAAUGGGCAACAGGGAUUCAAAAGCUGGGCCUUUUGAUGUUUUCCCCUGUAUAAAUUCUGCAGAUCUCCAGCAAAUGUUUCCCACACCUCCAUCCUUGGAGCAACAUGGUCCAGGCUACUCUCCAAUGAAUAUUAACUGCAAAGAGUUUGGAGGCUUAGACAACAACCCAGGAAUGACACUGGAUGGCCAUCAUUUUACUACAAGCCUGAAUCAUUUCAAGGUUGAAGUAGAGGAGGGGAUGGGUAGCCCUAAACCCUCUGAGAUCAAGGACUUUUCUUACGUCUAUUGCCCUGAGAAGUGCCAAGGUUAUGUGGGCUGCACUAUGUUUGCACCAUUGAAAAUCUUACCAAGCCAAUGCAUGCCUUCUGUCAAAUUGCUGGAGGAGUGUAUUUAUCGUCCUUCGUGGACUGUUGGCAAGCUAGACCUGCUUCCUCCUGUACCUCCCAUGCCAUAUAUCCGGGACAUUAACAUUCCCAGUGUUGGCAGUGGUAUGGAUCAAGACUACAUUCAGACUUGCACACCGCAAAUGCAUACUCCAUUUGGAGUGACGAAUAGUGCUCCGCCCAGUAAUAGUGGCGCUGGUGUCCUUCCAUCACCUGCCACUCCACGCAUUUCUGCACCAACUCCGAGAACACCAAGGACUCCGCGCACUCCUCGUGGUUGUGGGGGUCCAGCCAGUGUCCAAGGCUCGGUGAAAUACGAGAAUUCCGAUUUGUACUCACCCGCUUCAACACCUUCAACUUGUCGCCCUUUAAAUUCCGUAGAACCUGCAACAGUGCAAUCCAUCCCGGAGGCACACAGCCUUUACGUGAACUUAAUUUUAUCUGAUUCCAUUAUGGAUCUCUUUAAAGACUGUAGCUUUGACAGCUGCUGCAUCUGUGUCUGCAACAUGAACAUCAAAGGAGCCGAUGUUGGCUUAUACAUCCCAGACCCUACCAAAGAAUCUCAGAACCCCUGCACAUGUGGAUUUAGUGCUGUCAUGAACCGAAGGUUUGGAAACAACUCUGGACUCUUUUUGGAGGAUGAAGUGGAUAUCAUUGGACGAAAUACAGAUUGCAGUAAUGAGGCUGAAAAACGAUUAGAGGACCUCAGGAAUGUUUCUCUUGAACAAGGAGAAGGAGGCUCCAAGGAGCCUUUGAAAGUGCCUGAUGAGUUAAUAUUGCUACUUCAGGACCAGUGCACUAAUCCCUUCUCUCCGUUGAGAUCUGCGGAUCCUUCAAUGGCGGCAAAAUUGCGGACAGUGGGACCGCCAGUACGUGUGGAGGAUAAAGAUUACGACAGGGAAUGCUACAUGGCGUUGGAACAGGGAUAUCAGUUCAUGGAAAAUAUGUCAGGAGGGAAGCUCGAUGAAGCACUCUUGAAAAGCUCUUGUUUACAUCUAUGGUCAAGAAGAAAUGCUGUGGACGUCAGCAUGCUGUGUUCACAAGAUCUUCUGCGCCUGCUUCUCUCACUACAACCUGUGCUGCAGGAUGCCAUUCAAAAGAAACGAGCAGUCAGGUCAUGGGAGAGCAUACAGCAUGUCCAAGGGCCUCUAACCUGGCAACAGUUCCACAAAUUGGCUGGGCGGGGUUCUUAUGGUACAGACGAGUCUCCAGAGCCAUUACCCAUCCCAACAUUUAUGUUGGGCUAUGAAUGUGAUUUUCUGGUGUUAUCUCCAUUUGCAUUGCCAUAUUGGGAAAAGUUACUCCUUGAACCAUACGGAUCACAGAGGGAUAUUGGGUAUGUGGUGGUAUGUCCAGAAAAUGAAGCGCUUUUAAAUGGAGCAAGGAGUUUUUUUCGUGAUCUCAGUGCAGUCUAUGAGUCCUGCAGACUUGGGCAGCACAGGCCCAUUUCAAAAUUGCAUCCUGAUGGCAUCAUGAAAGUGGGGACCAAAGCAGCCUUGAAAAUUGCAGAGCAGCCCAUAAAUGAUUGGUUCUCUCAGCACUGUGUGAACGCUAGCAGUGAAGCAUUUUCCAAACUGAAGCUUUACGCUCAAAUGUGCAGACAUGAUCUAGGCCCAUAUCUUGCUGGUCAAACACUGGACAGUUCUUUAUUGUCACAACCCAACCCUGUUUCCCCACCCACUCGGUCCACUACUUCUCUGACUCCAUUACAGAAUUCUACUGGGGCUCCAUCUGCUGCAGCCUCCAACUCCACUCCUGUACCUGCCAGUACUUUAACAAACACUGCUGUAGCCUCUACAGUCGCUACUGCCACUUCGAGUGUGCCCUUGGCCAGCGCAUCAUCUGCUGUGAAACAGUCUUCCUCCUUUUCAUCAUUUGUACAUUUGAACAACUCGUCCAGCGCUGUGACAACACAGGGAUCAAACUCCCAGAGUGUACAACUAUCCCAGCAGAUUACUGGAAUGUCUACUGACUCAGCAACAGUUGGAGCAGGGCAGCAGCAUCAGGAUCCUCCAGAGAGCACCAUGGAAAGAGAUAAAAUCGGGGUCCCAACUGAUGGGGAAUCACAUGCUAUCACGUACCCACCAUCUAUUGUUGUAUACAUUGUGGAUCCUUUUACGUAUAAUACGGAAGAUGACAGUUCAUCGUCUUCAAAUGUUUGGGCACUCGGGCUAUUACGUUGCUACUUGGAAAUGAUUAAUAUCUUACCCCAGAACAUCAAAAAUGCAAUAUCUGUACAGAUUGUUCCAUGUCAGUAUCUUUUGCAACCUGUGAAAAAUGAUGAUCGACACCUCUAUUCCCAGCACCUUAAAUCAUUGGCAUUUUCUGUGUUCACGCAAUGUCGGAGGUCCUUGCCACCUUCCACCUAUGUCAAAGCACUAACUGGUUUUGGCCCAGGACUGGCCUUAGACAGCACCUUAAAGAGUCCAGAUAGGCCGGAGUAUUUACGUAUUUAUAAUCCACCAUUUAUUUUGGCUCCUGUGAAGGAUAAGCAGACUGAGCUGGGGGAGACAUUUGGAGAAGCAAGCCAGAAGUACAAUGUUCUUUUUGUUGGUUAUUGCUUGUCACAUGACCAGCGAUGGCUGCUUGGAACGUGUACAGAUCUCUACGGAGAACUGUUGGAAACCUGCGUCAUUAAUAUCGAUGUACCAAACAGGGCUCGCAGGCGGAAAGGCUCGCCCAGGAGAAUGGGUUUGCAAAAGCUCUGGGACUGGUGUUUGGGUAUUAUGCAAAUGACAUCACUGCCUUGGAGGGUUGUCAUUGGACGCCUUGGGAGAAUAGGACAUGGAGAGUUGAAAGACUGGAGCUGCUUACUCGGUCGUCGCACUUUGCAGUCCCUCAGCCGGCAUCUAAAGGAGACAUGCAGGAUGUGUGGUAUUUCUGCAGCUGAUUCUCCAAGCAUACUUAGUGCUUGCUUGGUUGCAAUGGAACCACAGGGCUCAUUUGUGAUCAUGCCUGACUCUGUGUCCGUGGGAUCAGUGUUUGGCCGUGGUACAUCUCUCAACAUGCAGACUUCACAGCUGAGCACACCGCAGGAUACAUCAUGCACACACAUUCUGGUGUUUCCAACCUCGGCAAUGGUGCAGGUGCAAACUGGGAACUACGAAAUAAAUGUUGAGGAAUUCGGGAUCUUUGAAUUACUGGAAGCAGAAGAUGAUCUAAUAAUUAACUUGCCAACAUCUCCACCCACACCACCGGCACAUUCACCAGGUUCGCAUUAUCCACACGGCGGCGAUACAAGCAAGGGACAGUGCACGGAUCGUCAAGAAUCUCAUGACGAGGUAACCAUUUUGCAGCAGCCCCUGGCACUAGGAUAUUUUGUCUCGACAGCUAAGGCUGGGCCACUUCCCGAUUGGUUUUGGUCAGCCUGUCCUCAAGCACAGAACCAAUGUCCACUUUUUCUCAAGGCCUCCUUGCACCUCCAUGUGCCUUCAGUGCAUUCAGAUGAAUUGCUCCAUAGUAAGCACUCCCACCCACUUGAUUCAAACCAAACCUCUGAUGUGCUCAGGUUUGUUCUCGAACAGUACAACGCUCUUUCUUGGCUGACCUGUGACCCUGCCACUCAGGACCGCCGCUCCUGCCUCCCUGUUCAUUUUGUGGUGCUGACGCAGCUGUACAACUUCAUCACAAGCAUGUUGUAGACCAGGCAAAAGAGCUGCCAUGGAUUCAAAGCUAACUCUUGGAAAAGGGAUGUCGUUUGAGAGCGUCAUUGAGAGCAGGAUUCUGUGGGAAGGGAAACGGACAUUACUCAAGGAAAACAUGGAGGGAUUCAUGAAAUUGUGUCUGAGGGACCCCAGGGUGUCCCCCUUAAUUGCUUGAUGGGUUUUAAAGCCACAGGCAGUUAUCCAAAAAUGCCUGCAUCUUAAUUUAUUGUAAGUUUUUAAAUGUUGUAUAAAUUGUCUUAUAUUUUGUAUUUUUUUUAAUUUUUCAGGAAGGUUUAUAUUACCUUCAGGCUUUAAAGCAUUUGUUGUACUAAAAUAUCUAUAAUCGUCUUAAGAGUUUGCAGUAGGUUGCUAUAAAGUCAGGAGCGAGAGCAGCAAAUAUCUAUUGGCUCAAUGUACAUUUUAGUAGGGGCAGGAGUUAGUGUUGACCACACCUUGUCUGUGGUGAAAACGCAGCAAAGCUGUGGAUGCAGAGUACUUGUACAGUAAAUAAAGUAUGUUCACUGUGUUUAUAACUAAAAAGGACAUCUUAAGCAUUUCCUAUCAUGCAUUUUGAAGCCAGGGCUAAAUGGGGAGGUGUAUGGGGGAGGGGGGGUGGGGGGGGGGGGAGGGGGGAAGAGGGACGGAGUUUUUGACAGGUAACAGGACUGAGGAGAGAAUUCUCUAGCUGGAUCAGUUCCUGCCACCUGCCUAUUUGUAUAUAUAAAACAAAAUCAGUAACUUUAAUUUGUUACGACUGUAUAAAAAAAGAAAAAAAUGUGCAGAAUGGUAACUAAAUUUUGUAGCAACAUAAUUUUCCAAAAUUGAAUCAAUGCAAAGCAGGUGUGUUGGUCUGUUGUAGUGUUAAGGUUUCUAGGCCCCAGACUUUUAUCAUUGUCUGAACUUUAUGAUGACUUUAGAGAAUGGACCGCUUGACUGAUCCAGGUACUGUCUUUGUAAAAAUUUCAUCCGUAUGCUUUCUUGUUUUGGUCCUGCAUUUAUUAUGGUGAUGACACCUGAUACUUUAACACCAACUCUACGACUUCAUUAUUUAACUUUUGUAUGAAAUGUCAUUUUUCCAUUGUUAAUUCAUUACCGCAGAAGUUUUAAAAUUUGGAAUACUGAAAGUUAUUGGGACAUCUAGAACCUUUAUAAAGCUUCAGCAUUCAAUUGUGGGUAACAUAGAUUAAAAUACAUUGCUUCUCAGGUGACACAGUGAGUUGGAAAUAUAGGGCGAGAAGGUGGAUGACUUGAGAUUUACCUCGUAUGCCCUUGCACCUCUUCAUUUCCUCUUGUGUUACAUUUUCUUUGAAAAGUAAAUUUUUUCAAUGUUAAUCUCUGGUCAAAUUGCGAUGUAGACACAGUGCCUUUUUUCUAAACAACUUAAUUCCAUUUUUAUACAAUCACAAGGUAAUAAGAUCAAAAGGGUCAAAUAUAAUAAACGGCAUAAAUAGUUUGAAACUAAACUAAAUGGUGAUUUUUUUGGCUGGGGAAGCUAAAUCUAAAACCAACUCCAGAGGUUUGUUACCUGUAAUAUAAUUUGGGGGAAGAAAUUCUGAUUUUUUCUCAGUCAAUCUCCCAUAGUCUUGAACAGAUUAACUAGAGACCAGUGGUAGGUUGACAGGAUGGAUGGGAUGGGGCACGGGGAAAUAACUGAACUAUGCUAUGCAAAUAUAAUUUGGUCUCAUUUAAAAAAAAUUUGUUCUUUUUUUGUGUGCAUAUUUUACCGUUAUAAAUGUCUGACCCCAUAUAAAAUCGACUGUUUAAGUGUACAGAUGGUAAUUGGGCUCUUGCCAGUGGUGACACACGAGUAUUUCCACUUGGGUAGAGUUAUAAUUACAGCCAAAUAAAUCUGAGUAAUUCCUCAUAAAUAAUUCACAGGAAGUAUGUGUUGUGAACAUGUGGCUGUGGUACAAACACUACCAUGUAGUUACUGUACAGAUUGUAAUCGCUAGAGAAUGUAUUCAUUUCGGCAGUAAUGAUAUACCAGCUUUGAAAUUAAAUUUCAAAUUCAAACAGGUAUAUAAAUAUGCCACCAGAAACCAUAGAACAAGAACUUCCCAUUUAAGUGAGAGUCUGCUGCAGGAAUAUGUAAUUAAGAGGUGCUGAUCAAAUUUUGCUUCACUUUAUAAGCAAUUUUUGGACAAUUUUUCUGAAAGGAUUAAUUUGCCAGGAGUAGUGUAUGGUGAAGAUGCCAUGAUCCGGUGAUUUCAGAAAGUUGUUGAUUAAAUUUUUUGUGGAAUUUGAUUAAACCUGUUCACUUCAAAGCCGGAAUAUAUGAGAGCACAUCUUUGCUAACGCAAGCAAAUUCGGUACAUUAAGUAACUCCUUGAAACCCUGAAUAGCACUUUAUGCUGUUUAAUCCUAGGAAACCAUAAGUUUUGGAAGACACCUGAAACUUGAAGCCUUUUACAUCCUACUAUUUAGGCUGCAUAAAAGAAUAUAAAAAUAUCAACUAAUAUGUUUAACAUAAAAAGCCAUUGAUUAAUUUGGUGCUAUAAUUACUAAAUCUUGCUGUAAAAUACACGCAGUAAGUAGAGGAAGUUAGUUAUUGGGUUUUUUUGUAAAUAAAAAAUCUGCAGCCAAUAAUGCUAUUGCAACUUGAAGUAGCUGAGACUUUUAAGAUAUAAUUGAGGCAGGAGAUUCACAAGAAUAUAUGUAUAAAAACAUACAAUAAUAAUCUUGUCCCAAAACUACAUUGGAUUGGUACUUAAAGUUGUUAUAGUUCAAACUCCCAGCCUUAGAUGAACAUUUCAGGCUUGAGCCACAUCUGACUUUGAAUACACUUUGCUUCACUCGAGCAUUUACUUUUUGUUAUUGAUUGAGGCCUAGUACAACAGAAAACAUGUAUGUUUUUGAAGGAUACGAGGGAACCAUUGGCUGAUUUUUAAUUGUUUGGCCCCUCUGCAGAGCUGUAGGUGAGUGGUCCCAGAGAAAGCAUAGUCCAGACUGGUCCUGAAUGAAACAGGACAUCAAAGGUGUGAAUGCUUGAUGAAUUUAUGAUUGAGCUUACACUGAUCUUAUUUCCAAAAUGUUCUGUGUUCAGAGUAUAAUGAUCAAUUUGUGUGUUGUUAAUCCUAGUAAAUACUGUAAACCCUUAAUAGUAAAUAAACCCAAUAACCAUAAUGGAAGAUGCAGGCAUGCAGGCAUGCAAUUCAACACUGAAUUUUUGCCACAUUUUCAUAUUCCGUUUGUAAAUUGAAUCAUGUUUCAUGUUUUGGAAUAUAGACCUCCUAUGGAUAGAGUAUAUUUUAUAAAACAAUCAUUGCUUUUAUAGGAAACCAAUGCUCUUCUAAAUAGCGAAACUUCACUGGACAUGUCUCCAUUGUUUUCUGUUCUUCAACCCAGCCUGUCUAUGCUGACCAUCAGGCCUAAUCCACAUGCCUGCAUUAAUUCCAAUUCCUUAUAUGCUCUGCUCAUUAAACUAUCUGUACAGAUGCUUCUUAAACUUAAAUGUUGCUGUUCGUGCCUCCAUCACCUAAUUUGGCAGCUCGUUCCAGAUACCAACUACUCUUUAUGUGGAAAAAAAAUCAUCCCUCAGAUCUAUUUCUUAUCUCCCUGCAAGUCCUACACAUUGUAAUUUCCAUGUUGUGGAAAUAAAGAGCAGACCAACCAUCCCCUUCCCCAAUCCACCUUGGUUACAUAUUUAUAAGGGACAAAAUUAAGGUUUUUGAAUACAGUGAUCGUCUUGCUUAAUUAAUACAGUGUAUUGGCCCAUAAGUCUAGAACAGCGAUAAGCUAUUGAUGACUGAACAUGUUCUUAGGACACAGUGACAUUGAAGAAUUGUAACAUUCGCACAAUUCUUUGCUUAAAAAGAAUAAAGCAACCUAAAACCACUAAAUAAAAACUAUCUUUCUUCCUCUUCCAUCAAUCAGUUUUUAAACCCCAGCCAUUUAAUUCCGUGGAAACAAUCAAUUGAUAAAUUGCUCAGAGUAACUAGUGCAAUACACCCCAAAUGCUGUACUUUCACUCACAUCACCCCUAAAGGUGAUGGGGAACACAGUACAGAAUGAACAAUGUGGUACUAAACUGAACCUGGUACGUCUGAUUAGGGAGUUGUGGCUGCUUGCAUUUUGAUUACUCUUUGGAGAGAAUCAGAGGAUGUAAGUGAAUCAACUUUACUGACUCUCUGUAAUUUCUCUACUGACUGUGUUUGCUUUUUACAAUUAUGUUGCUCGACUUGGUCCAAACCUAAUUUUUUCUAUUCUAAAAUAUUAAAUAUGUUGGUAAAGGGUUGUUUGCAAAACAACAAAAAGAAAUUAGAAUUGUUUGCUGUCAAAUUUCAGUUUUUUACUUUUGUAACAGGCAACUGAGUUUAGUGAAACUAUUACUAUUAAGAUUAGUUUUUUUUUAAACUGAAAUAUAUUCUUUAUCUACAUAUCCCUGCCUGACUCCUAUUACAUUUAUAUUCAGUGGUGUUCUUGAAACCUGGUGCAUAUGCAUAAUCUGGUGGUUAUAUCAUAGUGUUAAGUAGGAAAGGAUAUUUUUACUAAAUGGAUGCAUGGAGUUGUACAAUAGUGCAGGCCUUCUACUGUUACCCACAGUUUAUUGCUAAGUUUAUUCUCCAAUAUGGAGAACAGCAAUCAUUUUAACUGGGUUGUCAUGAUCUAAGGUAUGAAUGCCUGCAAAAAAUGCUUUUCUGGAUAUUUCCAGCAGCUUCACAAUGUAUGAUCCCCACGGGAAUCAGUUCAGUUCUUUCCUGACUUAAUAGUCAUUCUCAAGCCAGAUCUGAAAGUGGUCCAUUCGAUUGUGCAAACACUAGCAAUCCCAGUGCUUUGAUAAUGCAUUGCUUCAAAGUUUUUUUUUGUCUUAUUUAAAUUUCAUAAUUUAAUCUUUUUGUCAAAAUAUUUAUAGAUUUUUGAGCUGAAAUUGCAGUAGAUUUAAAAAAACUCAAAAUUUUAUUAAUUGUUGAAUUUUACAGAGUUGAUGCCUUGCUUAUUUUUAAAGAGAUAAAAUAUCGGGAGAACAAUGUCAUGUUUUGCUGAACAGUUGGUUGCCUGUAACAGCUGGGCAAGCAGUGAUGAAACCCCAGACGUAGUGAGGACUGGUCCAUUUUUUCCUUGGUGUCCUGUUUUGGUAUAAAACAUCCUGCUUGCAAAGCUGCAAUUGUACUUCCUUAUGAGUCUUUGAAUGAAUUAUGAACAAAUUUUAGUCUGGAGAUCGUGGCAAACACUAAAAGCUACAUACAGUCCAAAAAAGCUUAAAGUACAAAUUAUGGUUGAAUUGUUGAAAAGGUUUAUACUUUUUAAACAUUUUCAGAUGAAAAUAAAUAAUUUAUUCAUAA